AAAAGGCAACUGAUGGCUCCCUGCAGAGUGAGGACUGGACAUUGAACAUGGAGAUCUGUGACAUCAUCAAUGAGACGGAAGAAGGGCCAAAGGAUGCCAUCCGGGCCCUGAAGAAGCGGCUCAGUGGGAACCGGAACUACAGGGAAGUGAUGCUGGCUCUGACAGUGCUGGAGACGUGUGUGAAGAACUGUGGCCAUCGCUUCCACAUCCUAGUGGCCAACCGAGACUUCAUCGACAGCGUUCUGGUCAAAAUCAUCUCUCCCAAGAAUAACCCUCCCACCAUUGUACAGGACAAAGUGCUUGCUCUGAUCCAGGCGUGGGCUGAUGCCUUUCGGAGCAGUCCUGACCUCACCGGUGUUGUGCACAUCUAUGAGGAGCUGAAGAGGAAGGGGGUCGAAUUUCCCAUGGCAGACUUGGAUGCGCUGUCUCCCAUCCAUACACCCCAGCGGAGUGUCCCAGAAGUAGAUCCAGCCUCGACCAUGCCCAGGUCCCAGUCGCAGCAGAGGACCAAUGCCAGCUCCUAUUCCUCGCCUCCUCCUGCUUCCUACUCCGCUCCCCAGGCCCCGGCUCUCAGUGUGACUGGUCCCAUCACGGCCAAUUCAGAACAGAUUGCCAGGCUGCGGAGUGAGCUGGACGUUGUCCGGGGAAACACAAAAGUCAUGUCGGAGAUGUUAACAGAGAUGGUCCCUGGACAGGAAGAUUCAUCAGACCUGGAGCUGCUUCAGGAGCUGAACAGGACCUGCCGGGCCAUGCAGCACCGCAUCGUGGAGCUCAUCUCCCGCGUGUCCAACGAGGAAGUCACCGAGGAAUUGCUGCAUGUCAAUGAUGACCUCAACAAUGUCUUCCUCCGCUAUGAGAGGUUCCAGCGAUACAGGUCGGGCCGAUCAGUUCAGAAUGCCAGCAAUGGAGUGCUGAAUGAAGUGACUGAAGAUAACUUGAUAGACCUGGGCCCUGGCUCUCCUGCUGUGAUGAGCCCAGUGGUGGGGAGCACGGCACCCCCAUCUUCCCUCUCCUCCCAGCUCGCAGGCUUGGACUUGGGGACAGAGAGCGUCAGUGGCACCCUCAGUUCACUCCAGCAGUGUAACCCUCGUGACGGCUUUGACAUGUUUGCCCAGACUAGAGGGAACUCCUUGGCAGAGCAACGCAAGACGGUCACCUAUGAGGAUCCCCAGGCUGUCGGAGGACUCGCUUCUGCACUAGACAGUCGGAAACAGAGCUCAGAAGUGGAUUCAUGUCAGGGUGGUAAGAAUGCUCUGGAAUUUUUUCAGUUCAACAAUCUGAAGUCCCCAAGUAAGUCUAAGGACCAACAUGGCAACAUAGAGAGAAACUCCCUACUGUGGUCAGAGAUCCCCGUUGCGCAGCCCUCUGUUAUGGACGACAUUGAGGUGUGGCUCAGGACGGACCUGAAGGGCGAUGACCUGGAAGAGGGAGUCACAAGUGAAGAAUUUGAUAAGUUCCUGGAAGAAAGAGCCAAAGCUGCUGAGAUGGUUCCUGACCUCCCCUCACCCCCCGUGGAGGCCCCCACCCCAGCCUCAAACCCUUCUGGCCGGAAGAAGCCAGAGCGGUCAGAGGAUGCCCUCUUCGCCCUGUGAGCUGUUCUGCAGUUUGCCUCCACCAUGGCAGGUUACCGCUUGCUCCCCCAGUGGACCCUGGGCACUGGCCACUCCUCCCCACCCCUGACCCGCUCCUUUGCACACCCGUGUCUCCAUGGAAACACCACUGUUUGUUCCCAGGCAUCCCCUAGUCAGGGCCAGCUUUCACCACUCUUUCUCCAAGUGGUGGGACAGAGGCUGCAGUGAGGCCCUGCUCCCCGCCUACCAGGCUUCCCUAACUGGCUGUGUGUUCUCCCAGGAAGAGCCAGUGGCCUGGCCCCAGUGGGGGAAGCCCCCAUGACACUGUUCCUGAGCAGAUCCCAUGGACUGUCUCCCCAUCACCUGCCCAUGGAGAAGAGGGUCAGGCUUCCGCCUGCCACAUGUGCCCUGCCUCUGCAUGGCCCGGUGGCUUCCCUCAGGCAUGCUGCCCCCUCUUCCAGAAAGGGCUUUGUGCCACUGCUUCUGGAAGAGCAGGGCUCAGUUGGUUGUACUUACAGGCUCAGUCUCUGUCCUUUGACUGUAUGUCACCUUGUGGCACCUUGGCACUUUAGAGCAGGUCUAUGGGGCACCCACAUGUGGCUUUCAUGCCCUUGACCCUCUCUCCAUCAAUCACCUGUUGGCCCAGGCCUUGUGCCCCAGCUGGCUGAGCAGCUGAGCUUGGCUCUAACUGGCCCCAGAAGGACCUGUGGCUCAAAGUCAGGAGGGCAACAUGCAACCUGUACAAAUGGCCAUGUGGCACGCUGAUCAGGUAGCAUUACCAUAAACCAGACCCCCACUCCGCAUAUCCUGCACACUCACACCCACAUACUUUGGCUCCGGGGUGUGCAGGAGGCUCUUGUAGGAGGCACUGCUCUGACUGCUUGGAAGUUACGUGGGUUUUCUACACUCCAUGCUUGGGGCUCUGGCCUGGCCUGUAGUGACCUCCACACCCUCCCUCCAGAGCCAUCAGCAGACAGCACUGCACAGUGCCUGGAGGUUCCACAUGACCCAGUGGCCAGAAUAACAUGAAGGUCCCUGGCAUGGGCCUCGGCCUCCUCCCCAAGCUGUCCUGACAGGCUGACUUCCUCCCACUGCACAUGUCCCCCCGGCCACUAAUUUGCAGUCUCUCCCAAACAGACCUUGAAAGCUGACAGCCUGGGGCUAAGCAAAUGGGGGCUGGUGACACCUGCUCCUGUCCUGUGCCCUUGCUGGUGUGUCCCUUGGCCAUGAACUCACAGCACUACCCAAGCCCUGGUCCCGCUGACAACCUUUCCUUCCCAUCUGACAGGAUGGCCCAGAGGAUGCACCUAUCACCGCCAGAGCACCAGCCCCAGCAGGGAAAGGAGGCCAGCUGCACAGGCACAGGGACAGUGACCAGGCUCUGGGAAGCAUUUAGGGCCAGGUCUGCAGUAAGGGCCCUGCUGAGUACUAGCAGGAAUAGCCCCACCCCAGAACCCCAUGCUCAGCCUAGUUCUGUGGAGACACCCAGGAAGCCCCUCCUCAGAGCUCCCAGCCCUCUCCUCCUUGGAGCCCAUGUCCCUCUUCUACUCUCUGCUCCCUGGCCAUCGGUCAGCACACGCCCCUCGCAGCACCUCUCAAGGGCAGAGCUCCUGAGGCCUGCUUAUGUAUAAAACUUCAAAAGGAGGCUGGCUUGGGUCAAGCUAAAGAGAAGGUAACUGGGGUGGCCCAGAGGUCUCAGCUCUUUGGAACAGUCUGGGGGUCAGAGCCCACCUUGGCCAGCCUGCCGGAGCCACAGGUGAUGGCAGCCAGGUCCAGCAGCCUCCUACCUUGAGGAGGGUGUAGAGAGAAAGAGGGAGCUCUUUUUGAAGUGAGUGAGGCUAAGAUAGAUGCCAUCCUGGGGUCCCCAGCAAAGUCCUAUGUCCAAAGCUGUCCCCCAAAUCCAGCUCCAGCUGGUUGGUACAGGUUGGAGAGGUUUGGCAGCCCUGUGGCAGCAGCUGGUGAAGGACCCCUGUGGGCCAGCAGGAGUCCUCUAUCCUGCAGACAAAGGUCCCCUGCCUUUGUGGCCUGGAGCUGGUGACUCAGAGAUCUCCCGCUCCUGCAUCCUGUCAGGAGGCAGCCUGUCCCUCCUGUAAGCAGAGGGGACACAGGCCUGAGGCCUGCCCUGGGAGCGUGUACAGGCGGGUGCCCUGAAGGACGCACUGCUCAGCUCUUGCAGGGGUGUUAUCUGAGACCUCUGGCUCCCACUUACCCUGCCAUCUGGGGAGCACAGUCCUGAGGCCACCUGCUUAGGGCAGGGAGCAGAGCCCUGGUGGGAACGCUGGACCCUAGCAAGCCACCAGCCUCCAGAAGUGUUAGAAAUCACAGAUACAGUAUGUACUUAAUUACACUAAAUUAUUGCUGGGAUUCCUCAUAAGCACUAAUUAUACCUGAUUAUAGGUUAAAAUAUUUAUUUUGUCAAAAUAUUUUCUUGGGGAUGUGUUUAACCUUUUUUUGUGCUUAUUGUGUGCUGAGAUGUGAAGACUAACUGUUUCCUCCUGCCUACCUUUUUGGCCAGCGGGCAACAGUAAAUGGCACUAUAUGCAGUUUGACCCCCAUGUGGCAGGCUCUGGCCUGCCUGCUGCAGAGUGGUCCCUGCCCAGGCACACAGCAGCUGGACUGUGGCCAGACUGAGAAUGACCAACUUGUUUAUCAAUAGUCGUGGGACACGGGGUUUCAGAAGUGAAAGGGCUUGUUGUCAGCCCAGGCCAGAGGGAAAAAUGAUUGUCUAUGUCUGUCCUCCCGUCUGUCUGUCAGCCCCUCUGUGAGUGACCGUGCCUUGGCUCACUGUCCUUCCCUCUCUCCCACCCAGUGGUCCUGGGGCCUGUGCUGUUACUGCAGCCCCUUAGGAGGUGAGAAUUGGGCACCCCGUAGUGUUCUCAGCUCAGAGUGAUGGCCAGGGCUCUGCAGGCCCGGCUGUAGUGCUCCUGUCCCUCCUCCCUUCCUGCCUUCCUCCAUACCCCACUCCUGUCCCUCCUCCCUGUCACUGCAAAUGCCCCUCCAACUGGAGCCCAGGGUGGUUCUGGAUGGUUCAGGGUGGGCCAUGGGCCUCCUAGGAGCCAGAUCAACCCCCUGGCAGCUGGGGAAGAGCCCCAGGGAGAAGUGCUUACUCUUAGCCUCUUGCACUACCAGAUGGGGCCUGCGAGACUCCAUGGUCUGUUGUCAGCCUGCUGAUGAGAUAUCUGGGCUUCUCCUCCUGCUCAGCCACACAGGGAAACAGCCACUCUCCCUCACCCAAGGAAUGUUCCCACCCCAAAGAUGCUCGGGCCCUGUAGUACCUGCCUUUCCCAGGCCCGUCUCCAGCCCUGCUGUCCAUGGGGAUCCAGGCCAGGCUCCCCUGUGGCCACCAGACUCCGGAGCAGCUGUCAACCGCUGCAUCAUGACUGAUUUUGUCACAGUGUCCCAAAUCUCCAGGUUCUCCUGGAGAAUGGGGGAUGGAUCUUUAUUUCCUGAAGUUUGCACUUAAUUUGUGACUGUUCCAGAAGAGGAAUGUGUUGAGUCCUUUGUCCCCUCGUUCCAGAAGUCUGGUGUUCUUGUCACUGUCCUGUGUUUCUGUGGGCAGAGCUGGUUCUGGAGGGUGGGUCAGUGAUCGAAUGUCUCAGAGGGACACUGGAGCAUCCACCUGCCCCACUGGCUCUCCUUCCAGAUACCAUCUCUCUAGUUUGGGUUCUUGCAUGUAAAGUAAUCCACAAUAAAUAAAUACUUGAACAAACUGUU